ACGCCAUUUGAGGCUCGCCUGUAUGCAGUGUGCAAGUGCAUCCCGGCAGGGCGAGUCUCCACCUAUGGGGCGCUGGCGGAAGUGCUGCAUAGCGCUCCCCGUGCCUGCGGCCAGGCGCUGAGGCGCAACCCGUUUGCUCCCGCGGUGCCCUGCCACCGUGUGAUCGCUGCCUCCCUGAACCUGGGAGGCUUCAACGGCAGCUGGGGCGCCGCCUGCGCCAGCGUGCAGAAGAAGCGGCGGCUGCUGGCGGAGGAGGGGGUGGCCUUUGACGAUGCCGGCCGCCUG